GCCCCCCGGACGCUCAGUGGUCCUGGCGGUGACCGGGGGCUGGUACCUGGAAUGCGGCUGUCACCAGGGUAACCGCGUCACGUGUGGAGAGGUGGCGCACUCGUUCUCCUCACACUAUGCCCCGCUCAGCAGCUCCUCACUGAGCUCAUCCCCCGGAUUACUGGAUAGAACCGGUCACUGAGCAGAGGAGAGGAUGGCGCUGACCGCCGUGUCCGAGCUCAUCAACGACACGCUGCGCCUGUACAGCUGGAGCCUGAGCAUCGCAGAUAAACGGGUUGAAAAAUGGCCUCUGAUGCAGUCUCCGCUACCAACAUUGGCCAUCAGCACACUUUACCUACUCAUUGUAUGGCAGGGUCCCAAGUUCAUGAAGAAUCGAGAACCCUUCCAGUUGCGUUACCUGUUGAUUGGCUACAAUUUUGGCAUGGUUAUUUUGAACUUCUUUAUAUUUAAGGAGCUUUUCCUAGGAGCAAAAGCAGCGGGAUACAGCUACAUUUGUCAGACUGUAGAUUAUUCAGAUGAUGUCAAUGAAGUCAGGGUAGCUUCUGCUCUAUGGUGGUAUUACGUCUCUAAAGGAGUUGAAUACUUUGAUACAGUGUUUUUUAUACUGAGGAAAAAAUUUAAUCAGAUCAGCUUUCUGCAUGUUUAUCACCACUGCACAAUGUUCACCUUAUGGUGGAUCGGAAUCAAGUGGGUGGCUGGAGGACAAUCCUUCUUUGGUGCACAUAUGAACGCCUUGGUCCAUGUGGUGAUGUACCUGUAUUAUGGCUUAGCUGCCUGUGGUCCCCAUCUCCAGAAGUAUCUCUGGUGGAAACGAUAUUUGACAAUUUUGCAAUUGGUUCAGUUCCAUGUCACCAUUGGUCACACUGCCCUGUCUCUCUACAUUGAUUGCCCCUUCCCCAAAUGGAUGCACUGGGCGCUGAUUGUAUAUGCAGUCACCUUCAUUGUUCUCUUUGCAAACUUCUACUAUCGGACAUACAAUGCACCAAAAGGAUCAGCACGGAGUGGGAAGCCUGUCCAGAAUGGAAAGUCGGUGACAAAUGGAAAGUCGGUGACAAAUGGAAAGUCGGUGACAAAUGGAAAGUCGGUGACGAAUGGAAAGUCGGUGGCAAAUGGAAAAUCGUUGACAAAUGGAAAAUCGGUGACCAAUGGGAAAUCGGUGGCAAAUGGAGUAGUUAAUAAUGGUGCACUGAACAAACAUGAAAACCACAAAGUGGGUGUAGAGAAUGGAAGGAAGAGGAGGAGGGGGAAAGCAAAGCGAGAGUAAUUAACCCCAUGCCUUAUUCUUUCUGGUGAUCUGAAUCCUCCACUCUUGAAGGAGACAUCCCCUUUUAACUAUACACACUUGAUCAAGCGCUAUAAAGCUGUUUAGGUUCCUGAAUUGAUUAUUGGUAUUAUUUCCUUUCUAACGGAGCUUGAUCUGUCUGUAAUUAUUCUUUCCAGCCUAGCGGGGCUCUAUUUUUACUAUUUCUCUGGAGGGAGGAAUGGCAGCGUCUGUUGGCUCGUGCGCACUGAGGGAGUUCCUAGUGAAUAAUAUGUUGUAGCAGCAAAGAGGAUUCUCUAACCAGUAAUUCAGAUGAUUAAGGAGGAGGCAGAAAUCACUGCAAGCAAAAUAAGCCAAGGGAUCUUUCUAUUCUUAUUAUAGUGUGUCACAAUAUUAUGGCACAUACUCCAUGUUUAGCUGUGAGAAUGAUGUUAUUAUCUCUAAUUGCUCCUAGAAUACAAAAAACAUGAGGGUGGAGUUUAUCCAGAGCAAGAGCCGCGCACCGGACUCAUUGAAAUCACCUAAAUUCUAACUUGGUUCAGUAUUUACAUGAUCCUGCUGACAAGUACUCAGUCUAAUUGAUUUUAAGGACUGUGUCACGUGGGUUAAUAAAAUAUACACUGACCCAAUGUUUAGGUGUUAAAUAUGGUGGGUGCAUAAACCACCCAUGUAAAUAAUGGAUAUCCUUUCAGCUAUAUAUAUACCCUCCACCAGUUACAGCUUGGGUGACUAACAUGCUCUUUGCACAGGCCAACUGAGCAGGGAAUUACCUGGAGUGAGUUUUCAUUCCCAAUAAUUGCCUGCUCAUCAGAUGAGGUGAGAGCUGCAUUUACAUGCACAAAUUGUGUCCUCUGUAUGGGGACAAGCGAUUACUCUACACAGGAUGACCUGCUGCCCAGAAACAAUGAUUUUGGGUGCCACAGCAACCAUACUUUCACCCGGUGAACGAACAGUAAGUUAGCGAACAUCAGUUGAUAUGUCUGUGUGCCUUUAGAGGUGCUAGUACGAUAAGCCGCCAGGCUAAUAGCAGUGGGCUCACCUUUUGUUACUCACUAGGUAAGCAGUAAUUGGCUGUGUUCUGCUCUGUAAGCUAUUUCCAUAUAAUACUUGCUUCCAGUCUUCCUCUGAUACUGGUAAUCUAGGGGUGGCAGGUCUUCUUUAAUAAAAAACCACCAAGUGUGCAACUGCUUCUAAAUCGCAUUCACUUUUCUAAUUCUUUGACACGUUUGUUAACCACUUUGAUAGAUUAGCCCCAAAGUGGUUAAAGGGAACCUGUCAGCCGUUUUAUGGUUCUAGGUUGUAACAGUUCCAGGGCAUACCAACAAGUCCUGCCAUUCGCGACCUCCCGACUCUCUCCGCCCCCUGCUGGUGUAGGAGAGAAGCUGUCAAUCAGCAGCAGGUGGGUGGGGAGCGCCGGGGACUUGUGAAUAUCGGGACUCAUCAGCAUGCACUGGAGCUGUUUAAUGCAAAUCUUUAGCAAAACAACUAGGACAAUAAAGAAAGUGAUCCACUAAGGGGGAUCUGUCACUAGUUAAGACACCAUAAAACUGCUGACAGAUACCCUUUAAAGGGGUUGUGCAGUCAUAUAACACUCGAUAGAUAUAUUUCCAUAAAACUAUUCAGUUACUAAAGUAUUUUCACUUUGGUCUCCAACUCCCCAUUCUGAUCCCCAGACACGUGACCACAACAUUCCAGAGUACACACAUGCAGCAUGACACUGCUUCUCUGUCACUUGUAGCCCCGUCCCCUUCGAUGGCGCGUGCCUAUCCUUUGAAGUCAGCUAGGCACCUACGAGUCUGAACACAGUUGCAGUGCACAGUCAAUAAUGUGACUUCCUAGAAGCCCCGCCGCCUUAGAUGGAGCAUAUCUUCGCUCUGAGCUAGUGCCUGUUAUUUUCAGCUGCGCAGGCACGCAGUGUUGUAUACCACUGAGGCCAGUUAUUGACUGCAGCGGUCAUGUGUGAUAUAUGGCCUGCAGUUAGGAGAACAAGGCCCGGCAGGGAGGGUGGAUCGGCUGUGCUGGAAUGGUGGGGUUUCCGGAUAAGGUUUUUUUUUUUUUUUUAAUGGCUGUUAUACCUUUUUUUUUUUGUCUAGUUUUUGUAUUGACAUUUUAAUACAAAACUAUUGAACCUUUUCUAUAACUAUAGACAAACUAGUAUAAAAUAAUUUGUUGAUUUGUAUUUUGACAUACAAUAAAGUAUGUCAUUCUAACCAUUCUUUCAAUACCUACAUGAAGAAGGUCUCUCCAAGUCUGUCAUAUAGAUUAGAUAUGUGGCAAUUUGUAAAAUGUUUUUUUUCUUUUGCUUUCUUUUUCCUAUUGUGUAAAAUCGUCCCAACCCACAUUACUGUUUGAGUAUAUAUAUCAUCUGGCACAGUCUGUACAAAACUUUGAUUCAUCUCCACCUACAUGUGUUUUCAUGUAAAUCUAUUGUCUUCUGUGAUGUACAAUGCAUUUUGCUAUUGGCUGUUGGUUAUAUUGGGGUGUCAAUAAGGGGCUCUUGUUUUCUCAGCAUGCCCUAUCAUAUCUGCCCUUAGUGCCAUUCUGUGAAGUAGGCAGGAUAGGCACAAUGCAUAUUUACUGUUUUUGUCCCUCAGUUUACAUGACAAACAAAAGUUAUGGUGC